AAGGCUCCAACAGUAGUGUUGUUGGACAGAAAUACCCCUUAUGCCUCAUUGCCUUCUCUCUCUCUCUCUCUCUCUCUCUCUCUCUCAGCUCAAAUAACAUAUCUUUUCCAAGGGGGUCUGUGUGUAACUGUGUAUACGCAGAAAUUUUGCUUUAAGAACAGCAGCAAGGAGAGGUGGACAGCUUCUUCUUUUUCUCUCCUCUCCCUCAAAGACUUUGCACAAACAAGGCCUUUUCACCUCUCUCUCUCUCCCUCUCUCCCUGUGCUUUAUUCUCUCUCUCUCUCUCUCUCUCAAUUAAUCCAUGGAUUAUGCAUCUCAGUGGCCUCAGGGUAAUAUUAAUGGGGUUGUUAGUAGUAAGGCCAUGUUGGAGUUGGAGAGCUUAUCAUCAGUGCCAUCUUCAUCGAGGGAAGCCCUAGAGGAGAGGGCAAUUAGGGCACAGAAGGGACAACAGCAGCAGCUGCAGAAAGAGGCUAACUUGAACUGCCCAAGGUGCAACUCAACCAACACCAAGUUCUGUUACUACAACAACUACAGCCUCUCCCAGCCCAGGUACUUCUGCAAGACUUGUAGGAGGUAUUGGACCCAAGGUGGGUCCCUCAGGAAUGUCCCUGUGGGUGGAGGUUCAAGGAAGAACAAGAGAACAUCAUCAUCAUCACCAUCAUCAUCCAAGAAGAAUAUUAUGAUGAUCACUAACAAUCAUCCCAAUAAUCUGAGUACCCCACCAAUUAGUGGCUUGAUCCAAUCUGACCCUCAAAACCCUAGUUCAGUCCAAGGCCAUGAUCUCAACCUAGCCUAUGAUGGAAACCUACCAAUGCUUCCUCAAAACCCUAGCUUCAUCACUUCAAGUGAACUGACUUUGGGCAAUUUCAUGGCUCUUACUGUCCCUCCUCCGGGCUCGGCAGAUCCGAUCGGCAACGUUUACUCAUCGGGUGGGUUGUUUAGCUCCUUGCCAGAAUUGAAGCCAACCCUUCAUUACUUCUCUCUUGGUAGUGACAACAAUAAUGGGUUUGGGAGUGGAAUUGCUGGGAAUAAUAAUGGUGAAAGUGCUCCAGAGAGUGCCAAUGCAAGAAGUGGUGAUGAUGAUGGUGAUGGGUUAAUUUAUGAUCAGCGUGAUCAUAAUAGUAGAGGGCAAGAGGAUCAUUCUUCAAGUGGGUAUAAUUGGAAUAACAGUGGGAUGUUUGGUGGAGGAGGUGGAUCAUGGCAACUAUAGCCGUGCUUUUGCAUGUGUGACAAUCAAUCGUAUUUUAACUGUACGUAACAUGACGUACCGUAGUCAUAUCGGUAAUUCUCUGAAAGUAUUGGUUAUACCGUUAUUAUGGUUCUUCGUCGUGCUCUUGCGGAGGAGCUUCGUGCCUUUACUCUUUCUUUCUCCUUUUGUUUUCUUAAUUUAUUUUUCCUUUCCUUUUUCAAUGAAUUGAUAGGAGUGUGGCUUGUUAGAAUUUGGUGGAGGAAGACUAACAAGUAGAAAAAGGAAUGCGCUUUCGCUUUUGCGCUAAUUUUUCAUUUUUCACCUCUAUAAUGAAUUUCUUGUUUGCCUAAUUUCUCUAAUGUAUCAUACAUAUAUAUAUAUAUAUAGAGAGAGAGAGAAAGACAGAAAGAGAGAGAGAGAGAGUUCUUUAUGCAUGACCAAUGGUUGUGAAUCUUAGAAAGGGGUUCCUUUUUUCGUGUUGGAUUGGAUAUGGCACGUGGGAAUGUAUAUCAUGCAUGAUUGAAAUAAAAAGACUGAUUUUUUCGCUA